AUGAGACCAAUCUGGGCCAUCUUAGCAGUCUGUGUCGCGGUGGUUGCGGCCGAAGACGUCUCGCAAGACACCAUCCUUUCACAGGAGCAGGACCAGGGUCCCGACGGAUCCUUCAGGACCAAGUUCGAGACCUCCAAUGGGAUCUCCGUAGAAGAGUACGGAAGCGUCAAACAACUGACGGAGGAGGAUCAAGCCCAAGUUGUUCAGGGAAGUGCCAGCUGGGUGGCUCCUGAUGGAACACCGGUCCAGCUCAGCUGGGUUGCGGAUGAAAACGGAGCCAACUUCCAAGGCAGUCAUCUUCCGGUUGCUCCUCCUGCUCCAGAAAUUCCAGUUGCCAUUCAGAGGGCCCUGAAGUACAUCGAGGAGCAUCCAUACAAGGAGCCCAAUUCCGAGCAACGAGUGUGA